AUGGGUUCAACUACAAACACAAAAGAUCCAGCAUGGAGGCUGAGACAUCAGAGGAUCGAGACCCUGAAAAAAUACCAAUACCCGGAGCCUGAUGAUCAUCAGGAUGCUCGACUCGGGCUCGGAGUAACCAAAAUGAUGAAUCACAGGCUAUAUAAGUCUGCACAGAACGACAAUGCCGAUGCCAUUCUAGAUGAUCUUGAAUGGGUUUCAGCUCAGAAUCAAGUUUCUGUAACUGCCAUUUUCAAUCAACUCAGUCCUUCAGGAAACACUCUGCUUCAUGUUGCUUCCAGCUCCGGUAGCAGGAACGUAACGGAACUUCUGGCUGUUCACUUUCCCAAGCUGAUCACUCGUGCAAAUUUUCAGGGCGAUACGGCCGCUCAUCUCGCGGCCAAAGCCGGAAUGGUGGAAACAUUGACGACUCUAGUCAAUGUUUAUAUGGAGAAGUACAAGGCGGCCGCAGGUGUGUUGUUGGAGAUGAGAAAUGAGAAAGGAAAUACUCCUUUGCACGAAGCAGUGAUAAAUAAACAAUCCAAUGUAGCCCAUCACAUCCGCUGGUUCGAACCUGAAUUAGCGUAUUAUCAGAAUAAUGAAGGUCGGGAAAGUUUUCGCGACGGAGAAAUUAUUAAAGAAGGUAAGUCGCCGUUGUAUUUAGCGGCAGAAGAUGGGGAUAAGGAAAUAUUUGGCAUUCUUUUGCAAGCAAUAGUUAAAGAUGGCGUUGCAUCACUUCAUAAGCUACAAGGAUUGUCUCCGGCUCAUGCUGCUGUCAAGCAUAGACGGAUAGAAAUACUAGAACAAAUAAAAGAAAUAAAACCAGUACUAUUACGAGGCAAGGAUAUUGGAGGAAAUAACGCACUUCAUUACGCAGCAUAUUUUGGUUAUCUUAAAGGAGUCGUGUUCUUCCUCAAAGAGUACAACGAUGGUGCAAUCGAACAGAACGAACAAGGAAAUUACCCGAUUCAUGUCGCAUCUAAAGUAGGCCAAUUGCAAGUAAUUCAAGAGUUGCUUAAACAAUGGCCUUAUAAUGCCUCAGAGUUUGUUAACCGGAAAGGUCAGAACAUCGUCCACGUGGCGGCGGAGAAUGGCCAGACAAAAGUGGUGGAGUACAUACUGAAGAACUCCGGUUUGAGUCACCUUGUAAAUGAGAAGGACGGGAAUAGAAAUACUCCUCUGCAUUUGGCUACACAGAAAAGCUAUCCUAUGGUCGUAUUUGCUCUUGCAAAAGCUAAUAAAGUUGACCAUUCUAUUCUUAAUAAUCAAAACAUGACACCUUAUGUUGAAGCUCUCAUAUUAGCUAAAGAAGCGGAGGAAAAUGAUCAAGAACUAAAGAACAAGCUAUGCGACACUAAAAGCAGUGAGAGGAUAGUUUCAAAAGAAUGUAAAGAAUUGGAUGCUUAUGGAUCGCUGAUGACAUAUGCGAUCUUAUUCUUCUACGGGAAGAAUCUAAGACGACCAAUGGAUCAUUUUCAUGGUUUUAAACAUAAGCCAAUAUCGAAAGAAGAUCUCAAUGGCCGGAUAAACGUUCUUCUAGUAGCAGCAGUUCUUGUCUCCGGCGCAGCUUUUAACGGUGCUUGCCAAGUUCCAAAAAGCGCUGCUGGUGGCGGUGGUGCAUACGAAUUGGAUUCAACCAGCAAUAUACUAUUACAUUUCUACUUCCUAUUUGAUUUGUUGGCUUUGAACUUCUCCGUGGCCGCCGCUAUAAUUCUUUGCUGGGUGCAAUUGUUUGACACAAAACUGUCAACUUUUAUCGUAUCGCUAGCAUCGUAUUUGGUGGGCGUCGCUAUUUAUCAAAUGUUCAUGACAUUUUUGUUUGCCCUAGCCAUUGAUGCAGUCAAAAUCGAGAUUGUCUUCGGUUCUAUAUUCAUGGUUGGAGCUAUCUUCUUCAUUAUACACACGGUGCUUUUUAUUCCAUUGAUGGUGCCCCCUACUGCAAGCAAAAUGCUUGAAAAUUUGCUCUUACCUUUCUUCUAUAUCUUGGUUUUUUUUGCAUAUUUUGUAUUCGAACAUAUCAUUAUGUCUGUGAGUUAUUUUAUUGUCCAAAAGUUUUUAGUGUGUUUGUCAGGCAUGUUUGUAAGGAGAAGAACAACGUAG